CUUCUCGUCGCCCCGCAGCGCUUCGUGGUUGGCUGCUUCCCCUUGGCUGCCGUGCCGCCGCGCUCCAGGGAGGGGGCCCCGGGUGCCGUGGAGUGGGUGUCCGGCAGCCCCGCUGGCCCCUGGGCUCGGCGCCGCCCUCAGUAAGCGGCAGCUCCGCAGCCCCUCAGCGCGCUCCGUGGGGCGGCCGCAGAGCACGCUGUGGCGGGCCCGGGGCCUACGGCCCUGAGGGGCGGCAGUGGGGUGGGAAGAGGUGGCGGCUCUGGCUGAGGUAAAUUGUGUGGGCCAGGUGAAGGCCGGAGUCCUGGUACUGUUGGCGAAGCCCUGUCUGGAAGGUCAAGAAACCGAAGAAGAGCUCAAGAGAGUUUUUUUGCAAAGCUAAAAUGCUGGCUACUGAGCACUUAAUUAUUAGAUGGAAACCAUUUAUAAAGCUGAAGAUUUGCAACAUGCAGGGGAUCCUGGGAAGAUACACGGAAUGCUUGUAACUGUUUUGCUUCUGGGAAAAGCCAUCAUACCCAUUCUGUGAAGGACUGAGCUCGGUGGUAUGUUUUCUUCCAUCACUGAUACUAUAAAUUCUGUUCUUCAAUGUGUGGAAUAUGUGUCAGCGGGAUUGCACCAGGACAGUCUGCUGAAUUUGGAAGUCCAGAGAAGGUACUCACAGUGAAUUACAAAGCCAGCAACACCUGGAAAUUCUUGACUUUUCUCAGAUAUUUUGAUUACUUGACUGAAUCUUCCUGCAGAUAUCUGUUCUGAAAUACUUUGACUUGGAGCAAGCUCUGUUGCUAGGCUGCUCUGAAAGCUUGAGAUGGCUCUGACUACUCCAAAAUCUGUAGCAGGGGAUUUGACGCAAAGGGAAGAACUCAUACUCCAUGAUGGAAACUCUUUCCAUUUCCUGUCUGCCAACAUCAUCACAAUAGUGGAAAAAUGUAUGAGUUCCAUGCAAACUGGUACCCAAAUGAUCAAACUCCGUGGCAGUUCCAAAGGCUUGGUCCGCUUCUAUUACUUGGAUGAGCACAAGUCCUGUAUUCGCUGGAGACCCUCUCGAAAGAAUGAGAAAGCCAAAAUUUCUAUCGACUCGAUUCAGGAGGUCUGUGAGGGGAAACAAUCAGAGAUCUUUCAGCGCUAUGCUGAUGGCAGUUUUGAUCCCAACUGCUGCUUUAGCAUCUACUAUGGAGACCAUAUGGAAUCUCUUGACCUGGUAUCUUCCAGCGGAGAGGAAGCACGCACGUGGAUCACAGGGCUGAAAUAUUUGAUGGCAGGGAUCAGUGAUGAAGACAGUCUCUCAAAACGCCAAAGGACCAGAGACCAGUGGUUGAAGCAGACAUUUGAUGAGGCAGACAAAAAUGGUGAUGGCAGCCUGAGUAUUAGUGAAGUACUGCAGCUAAUGCACAAACUGAAUGUGAACCUACCCCGACAAAAAGUCAAGGAAAUGUUUAAGGAGGCUGAUACAGAUGAUCACCAAGGCACGCUGGGCUUUGAUGAGUUCUGUGCCUUCUAUAAGAUGAUGUCAACACGACGUGACUUGUACUUGCUAAUGCUCACCUACAGCAACCACAAGGACUAUCUAGAUACUGAUGACCUGAGGCGCUUUCUGGAGAUUGAACAGAAGAUGACAAAUGUGACUAAAGAACACUGCCUGGAAAUCAUCAGCAAAUUUGAACCAUGCCUGGAGAACAAGAAGGAGGGAGCUCUUGGAAUUGACGGUUUCACCAAUUACAUGCGGAGUCCAUCGGGGGACAUAUUCAACCCAGAACACUACCAAGUGCAUCAGGACAUGAGUUACCCUUUGAGUCACUAUUUCAUUACCUCUUCACAUAAUACCUACCUCAUGGGAGAUCAACUGAUGUCCCAGUCCAGGGUGGACAUGUAUGCAUGGGUGCUACAAUCUGGCUGCCGUUGUGUGGAAGUUGACUGCUGGGAUGGGCCAGACGGUGAACCAAUUGUCCACCAUGGAUACACUUUGACUUCCAAAAUUCUCUUCAAAGAUGUGAUUGAAACUAUCAACAAAUAUGCCUUUGUCAAGAAUGAGUAUCCUGUUAUCUUGUCCAUUGAGAACCAUUGCAGUGUCGCUCAGCAGAAGAAGAUGGCUCAGUAUCUUACAGAAAUUCUGGGAGACAAACUAGAUCUGUCUUCAGUGCACAAUGAUGAUUCUACCAAGCUCCCUUCACCAGCAAGUCUUAAAGGAAAGAUACUGGUUAAGGGAAAAAAACUCCCAGCCAACAUCAGUGAUGAUGCAGAGGAGGGUGAAGUUUCUGACGAGGACAGUGCUGAUGAGAUUGAUGAUGACUGCAAACUCAUGAAUGGAGAUGCAUCUACUAAUAGGAAAAGAGUAGAGAAUAUAGCAAAGAAAAAACUUGACUCACUGAUAAAAGAAUCUAAAAUUCGUGACUGUGAAGACCCAAACAAUUUUACAGUUACCACUCUGCCACCGUCAGGAAAGGCUGCUCUCAGAUCAGACAGUAAGAAGAAUAAACUUGAGGAUGAUGUGGAAUCCGGGGAAGAUUUCAGUACCAAUAAAAGGCACAACCGGUCCUUGAUGGGCAGUUUUUCUAAGCGCAAGAAAAAAGGAAGCAAAUUGAAAAAGGCAACAAGUCUGGAAGAGGGUGAAGAUGAUUCGGAUUCUCAAGGAAAUGUAGCCAGGAGCUCUGUACAUUGCAGCAGGACAAACAGACAGAAGAAAACGAUGAAGCUGUGCAGGGCACUUUCUGACCUGGUGAAAUACACAAAGUCUGUUGGCAUCCAUGAUGUCGAAGCUGAAAUCUCUUCUAGCUGGCAGGUUUCAUCUUUCAGUGAAACAAAAGCCCACCAGAUACUGCAGCAAAAGCCAGCACAGUAUCUACGUUUCAACCAGCAUCAGUUGUCCCGCAUCUACCCAUCUUCUUAUCGUGUGGACUCUAGCAACUACAAUCCCCAGCCAUUCUGGAAUGCAGGCUGCCAACUUGUUGCACUAAACUAUCAGUCAGAGGGGAGAAUGCUGCAACUUAACAGGGCCAAAUUCAGUGCCAAUGGGAACUGUGGCUACGUCCUCAAACCAAACUGCAUGUGUCAAGGCAUCUUUAAUCCCAAUUCUGAAGACCCACUGCCAGGUCAGUUGAAGAAGCAGCUGGUUCUAAGAAUUAUCAGCGGUCAACAGCUCCCAAAACCACGUGAUUCCAUGUUGGGAGACAGAGGAGAGAUCAUAGACCCGUUUGUUGAAGUAGAAGUUAUAGGCUUACCUGUUGAUUGCUUCAAAGAACAAACUAGAGUAGUUGAUGAUAAUGGUUUCAACCCGAUGUGGGAGGAGACGUUGGUGUUCACAGUACACAUGCCAGAGAUUGCACUGAUUCGGUUCCUUGUGUGGGAUCAUGAUCCAAUUGGGCGUGAUUUUAUUGGCCAGAGAACAAUAGCCUUCAGCAGCAUGAUGCCAGGUUACCGCCACGUGUACCUGGAAGGUAUAGAAGAGGCAUCCAUCUUUGUUCAUGUAGCUAUUAAUGACAUCUGUGGUAAGGCCAAACAAACUCUAGGUCUAAAAGGCCUGUUUCUCAGAAAUCCAAAGCAGGCCUCUCUGGACAGUCAUGCUGCUGGGCAGCUCCAUCGCAAACAUUCCUUUAGCAGCCACAUCUUGAGGCGGACAGCCAGUGCACCCACCAAAAGCCAGAAGAAGAACAAGAAGGGCUUUCCUGAAAUCACUUUUGACACAAAAGACAGCAGCUGUGAAGGGGCCGGUGAAGACCAUGAAAUGGAAACCACCUCACAGCCUCGCUUUGAGCAAGAGCCAGAAAGUGCUUCUCUGUCACCAGCUCCCCGGGACGGUGCCAGUGGGGAGGUACAUGGCAAGGGGUUGAAAGAUGUCUGCCAUUUCUCCAUACAGAGGUCAGUCACUUCUUUAUGCAGCCUAGAAACUAUCACUGAAGAGCCUGUUAUUGCCAAUGAAAACCAUCAUGCCAGCGUUUUCUUCCCUCUACCCGUUGCUCCUUACAGUGAUUCUGAGGAAGGGUCUGUGUCUGAUCAUUCCACUGAAUCUCGAUCAGAAGCAAGCAGCACAUCCAGCCAGCCUCAAGCAUCUCUACUCACCAGAGAACAAAGAAGAAAUCUGGCUGCAGUAGACCAAGCACAGGUAGUCACAAGAGCUGACACAAGUUUAGUAGUGCGGGGAGAUGAGAGGACGAGCAUGGCAGGAUGUCUGAAAGAAGAAAAUGGUUGGACACAGGCAUGCAGUAAAGCUGAAGAUCAGUAUGGAUCAGCAGCACAUCCUCAGACAGCCUGGCUGGGAGUGGCAGCAGAUCAGAGUGCUGGCCAACCUGUUGCAAACUGCCAGAAGCAAGAUGACCAACCAGGUCAGGUUUUACCAGACAGGAAAAGCACCACUGACUCCAAAGGGCAACAACUUGGUGCAGCGCCUGUUGUACCACAGCGAAACAAUGUGAUUAGCAGCACACAGACAACUUUGCCUCCAGACACUGUCCAGAAAGCCCAGGCUGCACGGGCUCUGCCUGCUUCUGUUUCUCAGAUGAGCUCUUACAUGUUAGCAAGAAGAUCAAAGAGUGAAGGACUGAAGAUGUCAGACUCCUCAGCCUUAAUAAAAAUUCCAAGCAGCCUGUCUCCAGCAGCAGAAGUGUACUUUGAUGCCACUGUUAAUGACAGGAUAUGGAGCAAGCUAGAUGGCAGCAAUCAUCGUGACAGCAUGUCUUCCUCUUCCAGCAUGUCCUCCAACGACACUGUGAUCGAUCUCUCCCUCCCCAAUCUCGCUCGCAAAAGCCUCCCGGAUCUUGGCAUCCGCCACGACGGCUUCGAGCCGCUGGCCCUGCGGAAGGGGCUGCGCCCGCGGUCUGCCACAGCAGCCGGCAGCGAGAUGCCACUGGUGAGCAAGAGCAAAUCCAAUCCGAACCUGAGGUCUGGCCAGCUGCCAGCGGAUGAGCUGUGCCCCCGACCUCUUGCCAGGAGCCCUCAAGAUACGUUCUCAUCCAUUCCUAGGAGGCACACGUGGAGCAGGCUCUACAUAGAAAGCCUCAGACAGUCUGCCAACAAAUCCAAAGCACACGAUACGGUUGGGAAUAACCAGGCAAAAUCCAAGAGUCUUGGAGACCUCACCUCUGAUGACAUUGUGUGCACUUUUGAAAGCAAAUACCGUAGCAUCAGCAGGAGCUUUGUCACUCGGUCAAUGCGGGAGCAGCGCCGCUCUCCAGGCCUCAGAUCCUCGGUCCAGUCCCAGGAUGGGCUGACGGAGCAGCUAAAGAAGCUGACGGCCUUCCAGCAGGAAAACGAUAUCACCUCUCCUAUUAGUCUUGAUCCAACUGAAUCUGAAGAGGAAGGGGAGAGCCUGGGACUCCUUCGCAGGUCUUCGUCUCGCAGCCAGAGCAGGGUGCGGUACAUUGCCAACAGGGCGAAGCAAGCCCAGGAGAGGCAGCGGCUGCAGAGCCUGGGCCAGCUCAGCGGGAGCCCCAUCGAGGAGAGGGGCAAUCCAGAGGGAGCCUGCAGUGUUGCAAAAGCACUUUGUAUGGAUGUAGCUUCUCCUGCCAUGUUUACAUCCCAGCCCACGAACCAAACUGAUUAUAAUGCCGACACAGAAGUCUUCUUUAUGCUCAAACUGUAAUGCUGGGGAGCACUGGAGAAGGCAAUGUUUACAUUCCUGUCUAAACAAAACAUAGUGGCCUGAGAGGCACAAACUGUCCUCAUAUGGCUUAGUGCUUCCUGGCCUUCCCUUUGUGAGGGCACUUAGUGUCGUGGCUCCAGAAGAACACGAGUGUUACGUUUGUCAGCGGUUCAUGGAAACAGAAAGCCAACUGAAAUUGGAAAGUGGGAUUUUUACAGCUCUAAUGAGCUGACCUUAUUAUUUUUUCUUUUCCCAGCCUCAAAUUUGGCCUCCUGUGUGUGUGACAACUUCUUGCAUUUGCAAGUUGCUCAUAUUCUUUACUAAUUUCAGCAGUUGCUUCUAUAACAGGCAAACCUCUACGUGAUGUUAACGACAGCUGAGGUAAAUUUUGCUCGUACAAAUUGUGGAUCCAUGAGAACAGGCUGGGCUCAGGAUCAUGCUCCCUCUUCUGUUUUAUUCUUUGGAAGAGUUUGAGGCCUCUGAGGGUGUCUUCUCUGGGAAACAAUCAAAUUUGCACUCUAAUUGUUUCAUGAGUUAAUAAUGUAGUAGAUAAAGUCCAUCUUCCAUAUGGAGCUGUUUAUUUCAGUGAAAGUCCAUAUUGUCUGACUCUUUAAAGAAGAGCUCUCACGAUGUUCCAAAGCAAUGCUUUUUUAAAGCUUGUUUAUAUAGAUAACUAUAUGUACACAUCUGUGUGUAUGCAAGUGUAUGUCUUCACAUAUAUGUACCCAUGCACACAAACUGAACUGUGACUGUUCCUUGUCUCACAACAUGAUCUGUGGGAAUGAGACAGGAGAGAGAAGGGAAUUACUAAAAAUAGACAGGAAAUGUCUUCUGGCUUUAAGGCAGAAAUGGCUACAAAGCAUGCUAGUCUUCUUGAGAACAGCACUGUCCCUUCUGUAUGGUGUUUGAACAAUGCUGCUGUACAUAGCACUUUUUGGAUGAAUUUUACUCUUUCUGUAUUGCACUGCCAUGCAAAAUUUUCAAUGAUAUGUUUUAAAAAGAUAUCUAUUUAAUUUUUUAGCUGGCCAUGUUUAGAAUGAAAUACCAACCUACACAGCAUCAUCAUUCCCCCCCAUUUUUUCUACUUGUGUUUGUAGGGAUGUUGUUGUCCCUCUCCCCAGAGAAUGAUGUCAUUUAUUAUAGAUGUACAUUCUAUCAGUGAUGGAGCAGAAUGUUUACUGAGAUGCAUUUGAAAAGAGAGAGGUGUAAUUUUAUUUCAGGCUGCAUAGAGUCCCUAUUAUUGAGAGGAUAUUUUGCUUUGUUUGUAAUGAUUCUUUUGUGUAUAUUGCAAUACCUAAACAAAAGACUGUU